GUCUGCAUUUCGCGUUACUAUUUCCUGCGGUUAUUGCUAUUAGUCAUUACCUUCUAUUUACCUGUAUAUAUUGUGUAACCUUUUGGUGGCUAAAAAACAUUUGAUUUCUCACGUUUUCGGAAUUAAUUUGUACCUUGACCGCGCUUUUCGGACGGGAAGUUUAGUCCUAACGUGAUUUGCAUUUAUCAAAAUUCCGCUGUGUUCUUACGCAACAUAAGUACCAUUUCUGACCAAAAGAAUCUAUCCUUAGCUAUACGUCCGGUAGAUUACUUUUUUUGAUUUUCACCCAAUUCAAUAGUUAACUGGUUUUAAAACCAGCAAUUGCCUCAGCUUACUAUUUUUUUUCAGUUUUUCACGAAAAAACUAGUUCAGUUUAUCUCAUUCGUUUUAUCCAUUUUUGUCCGUUUUCAGUGUGCUUUUUAGUGUAUUUUUUAAGGUCUUACGCUUUUACUAGCAUCUACAACACAGUUUACGUCAAUACGGUCAUGAAAAAUUCAUGCAAACGACCUGGAUUCCGUUUUGCUGUUACAUCUGGCAUGCAGUGCGACAACUGCAAAGGAUGGUUACACGAAGCGUGCACAGAUCUCACAGCAACUGCUUACAACAGUCUCAGCAAGUCGGAUCAUAAGUGGGAAUAUGUUACGUGCAGGACGGAUGCUGUAGUCUUGCUGAGUAAUAUAAGCUCGCUUGGCUUUUGCCAACUUACGUCACCUGUGGCGAAGGCGAGAUAUCCGUCUAUCAAUAAAAGGACGAGUAUACUGCGCGGCAGUCCGUUCUGUUUUAAUUUACGGCAGCGAAACAUGGCCAUUAAGAGUAGAGGACACUCGUAAGCUACUAGUAUUUGAGCACAGAUGCCUUAGAAAUAUUUGUAGGACUCUAAUUUAUGAACGAGCCAAUCAGAAGCGUUUAAGGAGUUUCAAGGUCACGGCGCUAAGUUCAUAAAAUAGUUUCACCGAAAUAUUGCUAGCGUCUGUUGUGAUCACCGGGUAUGUAAUAGUGAGGUUAGACGCAGGGUAUUAGGGAAUGAUGGUAAAUCAGUUGACGAGGUUGUGAAUCUUCAUCGACUGAGAUGGUUGGGCCACGUGUUGCGUAUGCCUGAACACCGAUUACCACGACGUGCAGUGCUAACCGGUGUUGGAGAUGGUUGGAAGAAAGUUAGUGCCGGCCAAACCAAAACGGCAUCAGUGCUUGAAGUCACUUACUUCUAGUCUGAGACAUGUUGGUAGAUGCAGACUACUUGGUUGGGGUCCGCGUGACUGUUGUAACCAGUGGUUGGAGACUUGGUGACAUGGCUCAGAAUCGAUCACAAUAGUGUCGGUGUAUACACUCUCUGUCUUCCCCUAAACUAAGAGAUUGGAAUCGCUUCAUAUCUUUCUUUCUACGAACUAAUUCUUUCUCCCUGUACUAUAUCCUUAUUGCAAUCUUUCUUUUAUAAAUUAUCACCUCUGAAUUAACUACUUUUAUGAAUCCGGUGUCCAUUUUGUUGUGUUAAUGAGGUAUGGCAACUUGGACCGAUGCAUAAAUGUGCCUGGUCCUACGUUGUAGCUGACUAACUGACUGAGUAAUAUCAUUGUCCUACUGACAGGUCUGCAGAGCAAGUGCUCGGCAAACUUGGGAAAAGACAGUCAAAAAAAUGGGUAGACAAACAAGAGAGCGCAUUGAAUACGGGAACAGGGAUGUCGACAGGUCUACUAACAACGGAGCAUGCAACAGCAUUAAUGACGACACACUGAAACUCAGCACCAUGAUUACAAGGACGGUACGCGACUCCCUCAGCAAAGCAUGUCUUAUCAAUAAGCUCAAACGAUUGGGUAUCAGACCACCUCUAGUCGAUUGGCUCACUUCAUACCUGAAAAAUCGACAUUUUAAGGUCAGGGUUAAUUUCACUUUAUCUCAGGCUAUGGAAUGUCCUAGUGGGUUCCCUUAGGGCUCAGUACUAGGACCUCUUCUCUCCUUGAUAUACAUAAAUGAUCAUCCUCAACAGGUAACGUCAGACUUGUUACUUUUUGCCGACGACGUGAAACUUUGGAGAGACAGAUACGCAACCAAGACGAUAUACAGGCACUUAAGGGGGGUCUGACUCGAUGAUAACCGGCUUACUUUAAUACUUCAAAGUGUAAAGUAGUCCAUCUGCGACAUGUUGCAGACUACAGUUAUAACUUUGGAAACUCCUCUCUAGUAGUAUCCCAAGUCGAAAAAGAUUUAGGAGUCCUUGUUCCCUACGAUUUAAAGUCUUAUGCUAACUGUGACAAAAAUGCCUUCCGAGCAAACCUUGCACUGGUAUCAUUGAAGCGCAUUUUUGGCCGGUUGGACGGAAGAACUUUCCAUAUAAUCUUCAAUAGUUCUAUCUGUCCCCAUUUAGAAUACGGAAACAUAGUAUUUCCCCCUCACUCCAAAAGGAUAAGGACACUGGAGCGUAUCCAACGGCGAGCCACGAAAUCAGUUCGAGGACUCAAAUUUAAACCUUAUGAAGAGUGACUCCAUUCACUUAACCUUUACCCAUUAGAGCAUAGACGUCUUCGAGGUGACCUUCUAGUGGCUUACAGUAUCCUUAACAUUUCUGGACAUCCUCUCAAACACCCACUCAAGCUUAGUUCCAACACUAACCUAAGAGGUAACACCCAGAAACUGGAGACACAACAUAGCAGAACGAACUGUAGAAACAACUACUUCUUAAGAGUUGUCAAAUGCUGGAAUUCGCUGCCGGUCGAGCUAGUCCAAGCGACUUCCCAGGAGUCCUUUAAGGGGCAACUUGAUCUAUUCUUUAAGACUAAGGAUAGUGUCACACUAUGAUUUACUAAUUUCUUUCCUCUUUUAUUGUUAACAUACCUAGGUUCCUGCCUGGAGGAAGCCUGUUAAGUGAAAGCUUCUUCUAUUCCGUCCACAACCAUUUGAACCAUUUGAAUUUGAAAACCAUUGAAUAAAUGUUGGGAAUGGUAUACAUAUAUGUAUAAAUACGUGUAUGUGUUACCAUAAUAUGACGGUUUACAGAUGGUUUAGUUCAAGAGCUUUUUCUGGGUCACCUAAUCGAUAGAGUUAAUGAGGUUUUUGCAUGCAAACUCGCUCCCUAGAAGUAUCUUCGUAUACAAUUUCGAAGUUCAGGUAGCUAAGGUUGGGGAUAAGAAGUUAAUAAUGAAUCCUCAUCUAUGCAAACAUAGUUUACGUACGUAGACAAAUAACCAAAUGAUUUUGAUUGAGAUAUAGAGGGCCGGUUCCCCAAUGUCAGGAUUUUAGGGAGACCUUGGGUUUUUUCCUCAAGUCGUGGAAAUUAUUAAUUUUCCACAGUGUCUGGGGAAAAUAUUGAUUAAAACUUAAAAUUUUCUCAAACUUCUCGAGGAUUUCCUAAAAACAACUUAAAAGUUCGGGGUUUUAGUAGCAUUCCCUCUAAAAUGUUUUAUUUCAUCUUAACCUCGAAUUUCCCAAAACUGAUAAAGCAUUAGCCAAGAUGGGGAAAUUGGGUUGUGUCCUAUUUUAGAUUGGUUCACGGUUUUACAGUGGAGGAAUUAAUGUUAAUCUGAAAUAAACGUACUCACAAAAUGUGAAGGUAGUUGCAAUGAAUUUUCUUCGAAAAAUUGGAUGUAUUGAGAACAAUAAAUGAAAUUCUGGCCUAUAUCCAAUAUCUUUGUUGUGAGCCUGUUAACCUUUUGAUUUCUUGGGGCUUUCUCGUUGGUGUUUCUGUGCGGUCCCAGGUCUUUGGUAACGUUUAGUGGCAGUGGUCUAGCUAUUCAGCUGCACUAAUUUGUGUCGUUUUCAAUCUUAACUUAUCAUAAAACAUAUUUUAAUACAGCUGAAAUUUGAUUACUUCCAAAUAUUGUUUUUAAUACGUAAUAUGACCAAAACUAUCAUUAUUUUAACGUUUACUCAACAUAGAUAUUCUUAAAAUUUUAUUUUUUUGUUUUUAGAUUGUCGAUAUCCCGUUGUUAGCUCACUUAUUUCACUCUGUUAUUAGUUGAAAGUUAUCGCACUAAUAAUCAGUAUGACAGUUGUUGAACGAGAUAAUUUAAGUGGUUGUACGCUGAAAGAAAAGCUGGACUUCUACUAUCGUGUUGUAAAAAAUCAAAUUCUCCGCUUUCAACAUCCUAUCAGUGGAUUAUUUCCUCUUAUGCCUAUGAACACUAAAUGUAGAUAUAGUCAUGUACGAGAUUCUGUGUACUGUGCCACAGUUGUAUGGGCUCUACACCAGUGUUUCGCACGGAUCAAUGAUGAUGAAGGACGUCAUUAUGAACUUGGUCAAAGUGCUGUCAAGUGUAUGCGUAGCAUUUUAAUGGGUUGGAUGCAACAAUCUGCGCGGUUGGAAUACUUCAAAAGAGUUCAAAACUUGGAUACUUGUCUGCACUCACGUCUUGAUUAUGAAACCGGUGAACCUAUUUAUGAUGAUCAUUAUAAAAACUUACAAAUGGACUGCAUUGGUCUGUAUGUAAUUCAGCUGGUUCAAAUGAUUCAUUCUGGACUUCAGAUUGUUUACACAAAAGAUGAAGUAGCAUUUGUACAAAAUCUUGUGUUCUAUUUGGAAAGAGCCUACCGUAUCCCAGAUUAUGGAAUGUGGGAACGUGGAACAAAGCAAAAUCGUAAUAUUACUGAAUUACAUGCAAGCUCUAUUUGUAUGGCGAAAGCUGCAUUGGAAUCGGUUGCUGGAUUCAAUAUCUAUGGUUAUGAAGGUGGACAUUCUUCUAUCCUUUUUAUGGAUGCUGACGCCCACAGUCGUAAUAGAAUAAUUAUGACAAAUUUGUUACCUAGAGAAUCUGCAUCAAAGGGUACUGACGCUUCACUUAUUCCUUCAUUGUGUUGGCCAGCUUAUGGUACAUGUUCAACUAGUACACGAUUGCCAGCUCUGGAACGCUGUUUAGAACGUUUAAAAGGUGUUUACGGCUUCAAACGGUUUACCCGAGAUGGUUAUGCUACUGUUUUAGACACAAAUAGCGAAUAUCAACCGGGAGAAUUGAUGAAAUUUGUUGGAAUCGAAAGUGAAUGGCCAAUGUUUUUUGCAUACAUGAUUAUCGAAAAUUGUUUAAAUGGUGAUCGAGAGAAAGCAAUAGAAUAUGAUCAAUUAAUGCAACCGCUUCUUGUUCAUCCUGUAUCGGAAUCAUAUCCAUGGCUUCCAAAGUUUUAUUUUGUUCCUACUGAAGAAUUGGAAAAAGAGCGUCGUUGCCGUGGUUCAGCAAUUCGUAAAAGCAGUUUCCGUUUAGUCGGUGAAUCUCGUUUCCUUUGGGGGCAAUCAAUCUAUAUUAUAUCUCAGUUACUAAUUUCUGGAUGUCUUCUACCAAGUGAUUUGGAUCCAAUCGGUCGAAGACCAUCACAUCGUUUUUCAGGAAUGUCAUCUACAUUAGGUAACGAACUUUUAUUUUCUGGGAAAUCGAUGAAUGUGACAAUUCAAGUAGUUCUUAUCUCUGAAUCUGUUCGUUUACAACAAGUUUUAGCAACUUAUGGUAUUAUCACUCAAACACCUGUACAAGUUGAACCUAUUCAAAUUUGGUCUCCAGAUCAGCUUGUUCGUGUUGGCAAAUUUAUGGGUUGCAGUGAACGUCUAGGUCUAUCUGGUCGUCCUCCUCGACCUUAUGGACAAUUAGGUACCAGUAAAUUUUAUAGAAUAUCUGGUUUAACUGUUCUUUGUUACCCAAUAUUAUUUGAAUCUCAAGAGUUUUAUCUACUUCAUGAUAUGCAAGUGGUUAUUGAUGAAGCUAAGACUGAUUUUCUAUUUUUGUCUAAUUGGUGGAGAUUGCGUGGACGUCCCACAUUUUGUUUUCUGAUGCGUGAAGAUAUGGUAAAGGUCCCAGGCUUCGAUAAGUUGCUUCGUUUCCUUGUCAGCAUGAAAAAUGGGACUGUUCAGGAAGCCCAUGUUGUUUUGGGACGUGCACAGAAAUUUGUUGCAAGUGGAUUUGUUGAACAUUUAGACUUUUUGCCAUAUUGGACUGCUAAAGGUGAAUAUUUUCGUAGAUUACAUCAAUUAGAUACUGGACGUUCAUAUCAAAGUUUAGAUAAUUUACCUAAAGCAGUGAAUAUACCGUCGAAAUCUUUAAAUCGGUUUCAAUCACAUAUGUCCGACGAGGAAAUUAUUCAAAGUAUUCAUGCUAUAGAUAGAAAACUUUUACAAAAAGUAACUGAUCAACAAGUAAUUGAACAAGCUAUCAAACCAGGUGAUAGUCCAUUAAAUUUAGCUUAUCGAAUUGCUGCAUUACAUGAAUUAUUAAAUCGACAUGGUUUGGAUCAUGGUUUUUCAACUGAUCAGCAUUUUCUCAUUGUACGUGAUUGCCUCACGGAAUUGUCACGAAAAGCCGGUAUUCAACAGGCAUGGUGUGUAGUACGUUUAUCUGCUGCUUUAUUAUCUCAAUUCGCCAGUAGUUUAGCUCCGUCAUUGUCAACUAUUCUCGUCUGUGGCAAACAGCCUACUGUUGGCAUUCCCCAAAGCUCAGAAGUUGUUAUCAACAAACCUUUAAAUCCAGAUGAAUUACAUGCUUUAUUACGUGAAGAAGUUUAUUCAUAUGAUCCGGUACAGUUUUCCUUACAACAAGAACUUAUCCUAUCUGUUAGUAGUUUAUUGACUACAAAUAAGGAGUUGUUUGAUGGAAUCAAAUUUAUACGCUUUGGUUGGUUAUUGGAGGCAAUGAAAUUGAAACUUGAACUAGAAAUAUGUUUAGGUGUAGGUGAAGAUUCUUAUCAUCAUCAACAUCAACAACAACAACAACAACAACAUCACGAUGGUGGAUUUUGCAAAUCUAGGUCCGUCUAUGAAUCUGUAUUAAAAUCAUUGACAAAUUUAGAAAUACAUCCACGUAGUUUAGGUGCAUGUCAUUUGUAUAGUUUGCCUCCAUGUCAAGUUAAAAGUUUAUUAUUACGUACAUUGAAAGCUGGUCAAGAAGGAAAAACUCAAUAUUCACUUGAUAAUUCUGUGGAUUCCACAACAACAUUUACCCCAACUACAACUGGUUGUACUACUACACCUACUGCUGUUAGUUUUAAUUCUACUAAACCGACCGCAAAUAAUACUCGAGAAUUAUCAGUUAUCACUGAAUGUGGACCAACAAAGGAUGUUUCGGAAUAUAUUCAUCGGGCUCGUCGUACUCGUUUGCGUCGCAAUAUUCAUCAUGAUAAGCGUUCUCGUAAUUCAAGUGUAUUUUCGUCUGCAGAACUUUUAGAUAUACCAAAAGCAUUGUUUCAACGUCAAUUGGAUGGGUGUUUAGGCGUAGUACCUCCAACAUUUUAUCAAGGUGUUUAUUUUAUUCUUGAACGAUCUCCUCAUGGUAUAUUGAUUUAUGGUAAACUUCUUCCACAGAAACCUAUUUUAACUGAUAUGACGCCGUAUGAUCUCAACUUUGUUGAUGAAGUUGAAUGUCUUCUAAGAGCAAUAUGUGAUCCUGCUUAUCGGUCAUUGGUUGUUGAGACAAUGAUGGUCAUCGCAGUUAUAUUACAAAGAAACACUGAAUUAUCAUUUGAUGAGGUAGUCGAUAUUAAACUCAUUAUUAUGGAUGCAAUAAACGCUUUUAAGCGUGACCGUCAUACUAACAUGUCUACUGAUAACGUCCUUCACCAUUUAGAGAGACGUUUGUCAUGGUCUGAACCAGAUAUGCUAUCUUCCUUUGAACUACCCAUUUAUCUGGAAUUUGCAUCAACUCCGGCGAAUGCCACCAUGGGAACUACUUCUUAUAUCGCGAAGUCCGUGCUUGAUAGACUAUUAAAGGGACCUAUGGAUCUUACUAGCGUUACUAAAGAUGCUUGUUGUGCAAUGUGAUUUAUUGUAUGAAUUCUAAGAGGAAAUUAAUUUUAUGGUAUGUUUAUAGCAUUUUACUUCAUGUAAGUCAUCAUAGAUCUCCCCUCAGCAGGUAUUUGUAAAACAUCCUUUUAGUAUUUAAGCAACCUUAUAGUGUGACCGUUAUUAGCGUUAUUAUUUUCAUUUUUUCUGCUUAUUCCUCUCCUCAGUUACUUACAUGUUUUAUAGUAAUACCUCAUGAAUUGUCAUGAUUUCACCUAUAAAUUACAUUUCACCGGAUGAUAUUUUUUUCGAAUCAGGGGUAUCAUUGAUGGAAAUGUCUUUACGAAGUUUGAAAGACUACUGUUACUGUUAUCACUUGACAGGAAUCACGUGAUUAUGACUAGCGCUCGACUGAUUUGGCAGUCAGUUGCGUAGUGUUUGAAUGGACAGAUUUAUAUUCUAGUUAGCGAAUUUAUUCUGCACAGGAUUUCAUGUUUAGUGUCUUUACGAGCGAUAAAAAGGAGAUUUUGAACUCUAGUGUUUACUUGUUGACACUUAUUAACAAAGCGUAUUUAUUGUUGUGAAAUAAAUAAUGUUGAUUCUG